AUGGAGCGUGCGAGGCUAGAAGUUACUGCUGCUGGUGAGUUGCACUCGCUGCUAAAAGACAAGGGGGAAAAUAUGUCUUCCUUGAAGGGCGAACGUCGACACUGGUUGUUGACGGAGUUUCAUAAAGACCUGAGGAUCGCACCACUAUGGAUGGUGCCGCCCCAAACGUUCACGGCUGAGGAAGACUUCCCGAAGUCCCACAACCGAAUUCGAGAUGUAAGAUCGUAG